UUAUAGGGCCCCAUUGCCCCAUCUCUCCUCAGUCUCCUCUAUCCUCUCCUAGACGAGAGGAUCAGUGGAGGCACCUCUCGGAGUCUUAGACUUCAGAGUCUGAGACUUACCGAGAGGAGCCAGGAGGAGACAACCCUUUUCUCUUCUUUACCCAUCCCUUUCUUUUACUUACAGCCACAAGCUGAGGCGCGGAGCUUUAGAAAGUUCGCAGUGGUUGGAAGUCCUUGCGCAGUGGGGCCACUCUCUGCAGAGCCAGAGGGUGAGUCGGCUUCUCGGUGAGCGCCUAAGAGAAUGGAUCGCAGGUCCCGGGCUCAGCAGUGGCGCCGAGCUCGCCAUAAUUACAACGACCUGUGCCCGCCCAUAGGCCGCCGGGCUGCCACCGCUCUCCUCUGGCUCUCCUGCUCCAUUGCUCUCCUCCGCGCCCUAGCCUCUUCCAACGCCCGUGCCCAGCAGCGUGCCGCCCAGCGCCGGAGCUUCCUUAACGCCCACCACCGCUCCCCUGCCCCUGCCCCUGCCGCUGCCGCUGCCGCACAGGUACUCCCCGAGUCCUCUGAAUCCGAGUCUGAUCACGAGCACGAGGAGGUUGAGCCUGAGCUGGCCCGCCCCGAGUGCCUAGAGUACGAUCAGGACGACUACGAGACCGAGACCGAUUCUGAGACCGAGCCUGAGACCGAACUCGAGACCGAACUCGAGACCGAGCCUGAGACCGAGCCAGAAACCGAGCCAGAGGACGAGCGCGGCCCCCGAGGCGCCACCUUCAACCAGUCACUCACUCAGCGUCUGCACGCUCUGAAGUUGCAGAGCGCCGACGCCUCCCCGAGACGUGCGCAGCCCACCACUCAGGAGCCUGAGAGCGCAAGCGAGGGGGAGGAGCCCCAGCGAGGGCCCUUAGACCAGGAUCCUCGGGACCCCGAGGAGUCAGAGGAGCGCAAGGAGGAGAACAGGCAGCCCCGCCGCUGCAAGACCAGGAGGCCAGCCCGCCGUCGCGACCAGUCCCCGGAGUCCCCUCCCAGAAAGGGGCCCAUCCCCAUCCGGCGUCACUAAUGGGUGACUCCGUCCAGAUUCUCCUUGUUUUCAUGGAUAAAGGUGCUGGAGAGUCUGGCAAAAGCACCAUUGUGAAGCAGAUGAGGAUCCUGCAUGUUAAUGGGUUUAACGGAGAGGGCGGCGAAGAGGACCCGCAGGCUGCAAGGAGCAACAGCGAUGG